AUGCUUAGCAAUUCAAAAAGAAAUGUUCUUGGUGGUUGUUUUUCAGCCCAUGGACCAAGCUUCCCUCAAAAACAGCGAUGUUCUCAUUCUGACAGGCCUCACCCAGAUUCCCACCGCAAACCCAGAUGGCAUGGUAGGAGAGUUCUGCAGCAACCUCGCUCUGACAGUCCGGAAUGGAGGAAACGUGCUGGUGCCCUGCUACCCUUCUGGAGUGAUCUAUGACCUCCUGGAGUGCCUGUACCAGUACAUUGAUUCCGCUGGCCUCUCCAAUGUCCCCUUCUACUUCAUCUCCCCCGUGGCUAACAGUUCACUCGAGUUCUCCCAGAUCUUUGCCGAGUGGUAUGUCAGUGUUCUUCUCCAUGCAUUCUCUCCAAUUCCGUACAUCCCAGCAGUAAGAAUAAAAAUAAUACUGUUUUUUCUCACAUUGUUAUGAAACUUACAUUUUUAUUGUUUUUCUUUGUCUGUGAUGAGAACAUCGUAUUGCUGAAAGCCGGAUCUGUUG